AUGGAAGCGGCAAAAGCUUUUGCAAAGCAUCUUUAUGAUCAUUUACUUCCAUAUGAAGACCAGAUCACAAAAUUUGAAGCUACAAUUGCAUUCGGCGCAGCUAAAUGGAGGGGAGCUGUUUUCUUCGUUCUUAUUAACUUAGUUUAUCUCCUCUUCAAAUAUUUGGCUAUUCCAACAUAUUCUGGCCUUGCUAUCAUUGCAUUACUUUAUUUCUCAAGAUCAAUGUGGACACCAAUUUUCUUCAAGAUUAUCAAUCCUUCAGAUAUCGGUGAAGCUCCACACCAUGACUUAAAGGAAAUUUCUUCAUGGUUUGCAACAGUUAUUCUCGUCGCAGUUAACUUAUACAACUCUGCUAUCAGCUCUGUCACAGAAAAGAGAUUUUUGGGAAUUUGCACAAACUUGUUCAUCUUUAUGUUCUUGUUCUAUCUCUUCCUUUCCAUCCCAGACUACUUCCUUGGCCUCUUAAUUAUGAACGUUUUGGCUCUUACUCCAUUUUACUUAUUGAAGUUUGACUCAUGCAAGAAUUGCAUCCUCCAAAAGUACCACAAAUCUCAGAAGGCUGAAUAA